AUGGCUUUUACAUUAGACGAAUUUCAUCAAUGUAUAUUUGAUCUAUAUGAACAAUCAAAAAAACUUCAUGAUCGAUGGCAAUUAAUUGAAACAACAAAAGGAUCAUAUUUAAUUUAUUCAUUUAUUGAUACAAAUUGUUUAAAAUAUGAAUUUCAUAUUGUAUUUAGUGAAAGUUAUUCUGUACCUGUAUUAUAUUUUAAUAUAAGUCAUUUAGAUGGCUCAUUAUUGUCAUUAGAUGAUAUAUGGAAAUUAUUUAUACAUAAAAAAAAUUCUAAUAUGUAUGAAACAAUAACACAACAAGAACAUCCAAUACUUCAUCGACCAUUUUUUGUACUUCAUCCAUGUCAUACAGAAAAUUUAUUAAGAAAAGUAGCAGAACAAUCAAUAAAAAAACGAUUUCUUUUUUGGCUUUCAAUAUAUGGACAAUCGAUUGGUUUACCUUUGUCAGUUAAUUAUGCAAUAGAUUGA